AUGGCGGCGGCUGCGAAGAUUGUGUACGUCUGCCGAAAUCCGAAGGAUACUGCCAUAUCGUACUACCACCACCGUCGUCUGCUGAUGAACAUGCAACUCUCAGUGGACGAAUUUAUUGAAGCCUUUCUCGAGAAUGUGGGCAACUGCUCUCCGUACUGGAGCAGCGCGCUGGAAUUCUGGAAACUCCGAAACGAGCCAAACAUUCUAUGGAACACCUAUGAAGUAAUGAAAAAGGACCUGGGCGCGGCGAUCCGCAAGACGGCCGCCUUCUUGGGCAAGGGCGUGACGGAGGAGCAGGUGAGGCAGCUGAGCUUCAGCAGUAUGAAGGACGACCCGGCCACCAACUACAGCACCGUGGUCCAGAGGCUGAGGGCCGGCAUCGGUCUGCCGCCAGCGCCUCCCGACCAGGCCUUCAUGACGGAGGGCGCAGUGGGCCGGGCCAGGCAGCGCAUGUCUCCGGAGGUGGACCGCCGCUUCGACCAGUCGAGCCGGCACAGCAUUCGUGGCACCGGGUACGAUGGCCGCAUCUGA